AUGCAUCUUCUUGUCUAUGACCCUGAAAAAAACCAUGAUUAUGAUUUACUCGUGCCAUAUCGCGUGGAGCCUCACUCCAUUCCAUUACAGCUUGGAAAGGAGUAUGCCGUCUUCGUCUGUUGUCAAGAUUAUCAAAACGUUCUCGUUUGCCUUCAUCGUUGGCCUUGUGUAUUUAAAAUUGAUGUCUGCGCUCAUCACUGCCCUGAACCUGAUGGCAUUCAAUGGAUGACAGAUUAUCCUAAAGUUUCCAAAUGCGAUGAUCCUCGUCCCUGGGUAUCGUCGACCCUUAUCCAGACACUGGGAUCACCGGGCAAUCAACAGCAGAAUCAGCAACGGCAAAAGUUCGUCAAUGCUCUAGAACAAUUGCUCGAAGAACCACAUACUGGAAUACAAGAGACACAUUGCACAGAUGCACCGUCCGAAGAAGGUACUGCACCCGAUGAAAGUCGUUAG